AUGACUUCGUGGCUUCAAAUCCCCAAGAACUCGCCCUUUUCGCUGGCGAACAUUCCCUUUGGAAUCAUCAGCUCGACGAAGAUCGUCUCGCGUGUCCCUGCGAUUGCAAUUGGAGAUCAUGUAUUGAACCUCAACGCAUUUGCCAAUUCAGGAGGUUUCGCUCAACUGCCCGCCAUCCUGCCUCAUCUCAGCGUGUUCAGCCAGCCCACCUUGAAUGCAUUCGCAGCUCUGGGCCGACCGUUCCACCGUCAAGUCCGUGAAUAUAUCCAGAAUGUCUUCCGUGCCGACACACAAUUCCCUCAGAUCCUCAAGGAUAAUGCAGCACUCCAGCAGGAGGCCCUCUUGCCUCUGUCGGAGGUGACCAACCACGUCCCCAUGCAAAUCGGCGACUACACUGAUUUCUACGCCGGUCUCAACCACGCCUACAAUGUUGGUGUGCUGUUCCGUGGCCCUGAGAAUGCUUUACAGCCCAACUACAAGCAUCUACCUGUGGGAUACCACGGCCGCGCAUCGUCCGUUGUGGCCUCGGGAACUCCCAUCCGUCGACCAAACGGCCAGAUCCUGGCUAACCCUACUGCGACCCCCAAGGCGCCUACUUUCUCUCCCUGCAAGAAGCUGGAUAUCGAGCUGGAGCUGGCUGCUUUUGUCUGCAAGAGCAACGAGCUCGGUAGCCCUGUCCCCAUUGAUAAUGCCGAGGAGCACAUCUUCGGAUUGGUUCUCAUGAACGACUGGUCGGCUCGUGACAUCCAGGCUUGGGAGUAUGUUCCUCUGGGACCAUUCAACGCAAAGAACUUUGCUACAACCAUCACCCCAUGGGUCGUCCUGUAUGAUGCCCUUGAGCCCUUCCGCGCUGCCGGUCUGGAGCCCGGUAACCGCGAGUCUCUGCUGCCAUAUCUGCGUGAGAAGCAGGCCACCAACGCAUUUGACAUUCCCCUCGAAGUCGAGAUCACCAACGCCGGUGGCAAGCCAACCCUGAUUUCCCGCAGUAACGCCAAGAACCUGCUGUUCUCGUUCCCUCAGAUGCUGGCCCACCACACCAUCACAGGCUGCAACAUGAACCCGGGUGACUUGCUCGGCAGUGGUACCCUCUCUGGCACCGAGCCGCAGACCCAGGGCAGUAUUCUCGAGCAGACCAAUGGAAAGAACCCCAUCACACUCGCUGACGGUACCCAGCGGUUGUUCUUGGAGGAUGGAGACACUGUCACACUGCGUGGAGUGGCUGGUACAGAGGGAAGCUAUGUUGGCUUUGGAGACUGCGUGGGAACCAUCCUCCCAGCACCUAAGUUGGCCUAA